UGGCGCCCGCUCCCGAGCAGCAGGGCACGAUGGUACCGGCUUCUCGGCAAGCAACACUGCGCACUAUGGCGUCUCUCUGAGUUCACUCACACGAUAGUUGUGUACAUACCUAACCGGCAAUCCGUCACCAUCGGCGCCUUGAUAAUGGACCUCCGGUCCAGGGGCUUUUUUCGGGGCCAUCGGAAUCACGAUUAGUACGCGUCAAGGACGAAAUUGUUUGAUUUUUCAGCACUGUCACUGUUGCACGCCCCGGGAUUUCAUCAAGUGACAGGAGUAGAGCCGGUUAGCCUGAGCUAGCUCGCUUAGUCACUAGCCAAAGAAGGGCAUCUUGGGUUUGUGUCGGACCGGAGGAAAAAAAGGCCACCAGAGAGGGACAACAUCACGAAUUUCACAGAGGACUCGACGAGAGGUCGACUCUCGGGGUGCAAUCCAGCCGCGCCUUCACACGUUAUCCCGGUUGGCACCCCAUCGCCACCCUAAUGCAGAACCAUAAAAGAACGUGAAAUGAAUAAACCACCGCAGCCUAUACAGGGACCCACCUCUGUCCCAAACCCCGCUCCCUCCCCUGGAUUGACACAGGCUACCUACGGACCUGGGCAGCCUCCGUCUCUUGUUUUUGCCACACCUCCACCCCCUCAGAUGAACUCCGCUCCCCAGCCGAGACAGUUUGCCGCAGGGCCCCGUACGUUACACCAACAGGGUGGAUACCGAGCGCUACAGGGUUAUUAUUCGAACCGUCCGACAAUGGCUACCAGCGCGCCGAGGGUCCAAACAAGCAGCGUAUCUCGACCCGUUGGACCGCCGCAUGUCUACCCGCAGAGCUCGCAGAUGAUGAUGAUUCCCCAGCAGCAGCUGUCAUUCCCCGGCUCCCCUCAGGGUUACUUCCUCCCCCCUGGACAGUACCGGGCCCCUUUCAUGACACCUACUCAGCAGUAUCCUGUGACCAGCGGUACUGCAGGCUUCUAUACAGGGACCAACCCUGCUGAAUACUCCGGCUAUGAGCCCUCUCUUGCUGCGAGGGAGAGGCGGGGUGGCGGGGGGAGAGGCGGCGGCCGAGAGAACGGCCGUCUCUCUCUCCACGGUGCUCCUCUCACCUCCCAGCGCUACCCCGCAGCAGCAUACUACCCGGCUCAGCCGCAGUACUCUCCAUCUGUCCAGCCUGCACAGGUCAUUAUCAACCCUGCCCAGCAACAGCAACCAGCCCCCCCUCCUCAGCAGCAACCAGCACCGACACAAGGCCCACCAAAGAGGGAACGUAAACCGGUAGUGUGUCACAACAAAAGGGCAGCGGACCUCUUGUCUGAGAUCAGAAUACGUGACCCAACCCAGGGCGGACGAGAUAUCACGGAGGAGAUCAUGUCUGGCGGAAGGUCUACCACUACACCAACUCCACCACAGGCCAACGUCACAGAAGCCGGACUCGCACAGACUAACGGUGAAGUCAUUCCGCCUGUUGCAGCAGUCUCGAGUCGAGAUGACAUUGUCGAGCAUGUUGCCACUGUUGAGACCCCACCACCUCCUCCCACUACAAAUCCUGAGCCCGCAUUGGAAAGCGCACAGGAGGCGGACAACCAAAAUGUGCCGGCUGCGCAGGCGGAACCCGUCGCUCUUGAUCUGGCUCCUGAGGUGCUGGCCCAAGUGGUGGAGGAACAGCCAGUACCCGCUGUUCUGCCUGCCAUUAUAUCGGCCUCCUCCACUGUGGAAGUUGAAAUGGACACCAAUGUCGCUGACCCAGUAGACGCUCCCGUCUGCCCCUCUCCUUCGAUGGCGCAAGAGGAGGAACCGCAAGCUGCCCCAGCUCCAUGUGAAAACGUGCCGGAAAAUCAAGUUGAAGAAAUGCAGCUGGCGGAAGAAACGGAAGAGCCCGUGGAGGUCGCAGCAGUGGAGCCUGUUGCUGAAGUUGCAAAAGUCGUAGCCCCCGUUGCAACAGAAACAGAGGAAAUUCAGACAAAGAUGGCAACCGAAGCGCCUCCAGUCUCGGUGCAGGAGCCCAUUGCUCCUCUGACUCCGAAUGCUGCUGCCGAGCCCGAGCCCAUACCCCAGCCCACACCGGCGGAACCAGCAGAGCUUCCCCUCUCCAACGGCCUCCCCCAGGAUGUGCAGGAACUCGGUGAGGAAGACAUUACACCCUGCGACCAGCCAGAUGCUUUUCAAUCUCAGGAAUCCCCACCUGUGGCUAAAACAGCAGCGUCAGUUGUGGAAGACGUGGAUGUGAAGGAGAAGGAGGUGGUGGCGAUGAAAGAGAAAAAAGAGGAAGUAGUGAAGGUAGCAGAAAGUGAGGAAGUUCCUCCUGUCGCUGUGAACUGUCCUACAGAGGAAUCCGCUAUGCAUGCUGCUACGUCUGUGCCAAAGAAGAGGAGGAACAUGAAGGAAAUCAACAAGAAGGAGGCCAUUGGAGACCUCCUCGAUGCCUUCACAGAGGAGCAGGAUGCCAAGCCUGCCGCAGAGCCCUCGUCCGCUCGGGCCGACCCUGUCCCUGUUGCUCCAGCUGAACCUCCCGCCGAGGUGGUGGACGAGACCUGGGAGGAGAAGGAGGACAAGCAGAAUGCAGAAACAGAAUCCAAAGCUGAGUCCACUGACAAGAAAUACCAGUACAAAGAAGAACAAUGGAAGCCAAUAAACCCAGAGGACAAAAAACGCUACGACCGAAAAUUCCUACUGGGCUUCCAGUUCAUUAGUGCCAGCAUGAACAAACCUGAAGGCCUGCCUGUCAUCAGUGACGUGGUUCUGGACAAGGUCAACAAGACUCCGUUGCGGCCUGCAGACCCAGUUAGAGUGCAGGAUUUUGGGCCAGAUUUCACCCCUUCGUAUUUGGGUAACCUGGGCAGUAGAUCAGUUGGAGGACCACGUGGACCACCCCCCGGGCCACGGCGUUCCCAGCAGGGUCAGCGGAAGGAACCGCGCAAAAUCAUCACGAGCAUGUCGCUUAACGACGACGUGCAGCUAAACAAGGCCGAAAAAGCCUGGAAGCCCUCAGCUAAAAAGGGCCCGCGUAGCCGUGGCGAGGAAGAGGUCACGGCGGCGACUGAUGAAGACCUAACGCCUGAGCAAGCCCAAACGCAAGAGAUCUUGAAGCGACUGCGCAGUAUCCUAAACAAGCUGACUCCGCAGAAAUUCCAGGAGCUGAUGAAUCAGGUGAAGGAGCUGACCAUAGACUCAGAGGAGAGGUUGAAGGGCGCCAUCGACCUCAUUUUUGAGAAAGCCAUCUUGGAGCCCAGUUUCUCCGUGGCCUAUGCCAACAUGUGCCGCUGCCUUUCGGGGUUGAAAGUCCCCACCUCAGACAAACCAGGAUACAUUGUGACCUUCCGCAAACUGUUGCUAAACCGCUGCCAGAAAGAGUUUGAGAAGGACCAGGAUGACGAUGAGUUCUUCGACAAAAAGCAAAAGGAGAUGGAGGCCGCCAAAGAUGACGAAGUGCGCGAGCGCAUGCGUGUCGAGCUGGAGGAGGCCCGAGACAAGGCCAGACGCCGCUCGCUGGGUAACAUCAAGUUCAUCGGGGAACUCUUCAAGCUCAAGAUGCUAACGGAGGCCAUCAUGCACGAGUGUGUGGUCAAACUACUGAAGAAUCAUGAUGAAGAGUCUCUGGAGUGUCUCUGCAGGCUGCUCUCCACCAUUGGCAAGGACCUGGACUUUGAGAAAGCCAAGCCCCGCAUGGAUCAGUAUUUCAAUCAAAUGGAAAAGAUCAUCAAGGAGAGAAAAACAUCAUCCCGAAUCCGCUUCAUGCUGCAAGAUGUCUUGGAUCUCAGACGGUGUAACUGGGUGCCCCGUAGAGGAGACCAGGGCCCGAAAACCAUCGACCAGAUCCACAAGGAAGCCGAGAUGGAAGAGCACAGGGAGCACAUCAAAGUCCAGCAGCAGCUCAUGUCCAAAAAGGACACGGGUGGUGGCAGGAUGGGUGGAGGUCCGGGCGGCCGGGGCCCUCACACACCGGGAGGUGGCCGGGGCAGCGUGCCCCAAGAUGAGGGCUGGAACACUGUGCCCAUCACAAAGAGACCCUACGACACUGCUCGCCUCAAGAUCACUAAGCCUGACAAUCCGGACCUCAACAAUCAGCGGUUGGCUCCGUCAGGCAAAGGUUGGGGCAAAGGUAGCAGUGGAGGAAUGGGUGUUAAAACUGCAACAGGAGACCAAGACUCUGGUCGCUCAACCACAAGCACCGUCAACCGAUUCGGUGCCCUGCAGCAGUCUAGCUCCUUGUCCUCAGACUCGGAUCGCAGAGCUCCUCAGAGGUCAAGCUCCAGUCGCGAGCGAGGUGGCGACAGAGACCGGGCCGAUCAGGACCGAGAUCGCUUUGACCGCUUCGACCGCGAUGACAGAAACAGCCGUAGCCAAAACACCAAGCGGAGUUUCAGCAGAGAAACGGAGGAGCGUGGCGGAAGGGGCGGCGACAAUAAGCCCACCAAUGAGCCCGUGCGCCGUGUGGCUAGCAUGACUGACAGCCGCGAUCGGGGCAGCAGAGAUCGAGGCAGCCGGGACCGAGGCAGCAGAGACAGAGGAAGCCGGGACCGAGGCCCAAGCAAAGACCUCCCAGCAAAGCGUGAGACAGCUCCCGCCCCUUCUCUUCCAAAACCAGCACUGACCGAAGAGGAGGUUGAAAAAAAGUCCACUGCCAUCAUUGAAGAGUACCUCCACAUCAAUGACUUGAAGGAGGCGCUCCAGUGCGUGGCCGAGCUCAACAGCAGCGCAUUGCUCUACGUGUUCGUGCGGCAGGGCAUGGAGUCAACGCUGGAACGUAGCACCAGUGCUCGAGAGCACAUGGGCAUGUUGCUGCACAAACUCACCAGUUCGGGGACCAUGCCUGCUCCGCAGUAUUUCAAAGGGCUUCUACAGAUCCUGGAGGUGGCCGAAGACAUGGCCAUUGACAUACCUCACAUCUGGCUCUACCUGGCUGAAAUCAUCACCCCCAUGCUUCUUGAAGGCGGCAUCCCUAUGAGGCAGCUCUUUGGGGAGAUCGCCAAGCCUCUCUUGCCUCUGGGGAAGGCCAGUGUGUUGCUGGUGCACAUCCUCCACUUGCUGUGCAAGGGGAUGACUCGCAGUAAGGUCGGCGCCCUGUGGAAAGAGGCAGGACUGAACUGGAGCGACUUCCUUUCCAAGAAUGAAGACGUCAACAAGUUUGUCACUGACCAGAAAGUGGAGUUCACAACCGGCGAGGAGCAGGAGUCCAAGGAGAGCACUAAGAAGUCUCUGAGUGCGGAUGAGCUGAGGCAAGAGCUGGACCGCCUCCUCCGCGACAAGGCCAGCGACCAGCGGAUCAAAGACUGGGUGGAGGCCAACCUGGAUGAGCAGCAGAGCUCCUCCAACCAGUUUCUACGCGCGCUCAUGACCGCCGUGUGCCAGUUGGCCAUCACAGGGGACCCGUACAAGGUGGACGUGCCGCUGAUCAACAACAGAGCCGCCCUGCUGCAGAGCUUCCUGAGCGACGAGCAGAAGGAGCUGCAGGGGCUAUAUGCCCUGCAGGCACUCAUGGUGCAUAUGGAGCAGCCUGCCAACCUCCUGCGCAUGUUCUUCGACGCGCUGUACGACGCCGACGUCAUCAAGGAGGAGGCCUUCUACAAGUGGGAGUCCAGCAAAGACCCAGCGGAGCAGAGCGGCAAAGGCGUGGCCCUCAAGUCCGUCACCGCCUUCUUCACUUGGCUGCGUGAGCCCGAAGAAGAGUCGGACAAGGAAUGAACGCUGCCCCACCUGCGUGGCCCGGAGGAUGAAUAGGUAGCGAUUCAAGGGACGAUCUUGCCGAUGAGGCAGACUCAAAAUCAAAAUCCUCAAUGAGGAUAAAUAUCUUUUUUUUUUUUUUUUUUGAGGGAUAGACUCAAACAAUCAUUUUCUCCUCUCUUCCCUCUCUCCUCCUACUUCAUUGUCUCCCCUCCUUCCCCCGCCUCACCGGCCUGCUCUCCUUGUGAAAUAAACUUCUAAAGUAAUUCAGCAGGAUAGCUCAUGCAGGUUGUGACAUGUUCCCGCCACACCAUUAAGAAACUCACCACACUGCAGAGACCGACAGACUGUUUUUUUUUUUCCUUUUUGAUCUGUGAGAUGAUUGUCAGUCGUGGGUCACCCAGCAUGACUGAAGUGCGUUUCAAAAAAAAGCGCCAUCGCAUGGUCGGGUGGCUCCGCUUUUUUUUUUUUUGUCUCCAGAAAUUCCUUGAGGGGUGGGUGCGCUUUUUCUUGCUGGGAUUUUAAGAGGACAGAUGCACACAAAUGAGGUGUGAUCUCAAUGCUUCCUCGUCAUCACGCUGACUGACUCUUGGUCUUUUUUACCUCCGCUGCGGAGGGACACUUCACCGAACCCAAUCGCCAUUAAAACUUGAAAUCUACAGAAAUCAACUUGAUGCAUUCUAGAAAGUUAAAGCAGAAAAUAUCCGGAAGCCUUUUUCUACAUCAAGUGGGAAACUCCUUUCUGGAGCAUUCUGUAAAUAUAUACUAAUUAAAACCUUGUUUUGUUUUGUGGUUAUUUUUGAAAUAACAGUUGUCCGGAUGCAGAGAGGUGCUUUAGAUAAUCCUUUGAUUAUUAGUUUUAUUGGAAUUUUGUAAAUAUAUUUUUUUGCUUUCUUUAUUUAAGAAAUUCUGGCUUCUUUUGCAUCGGAAACUGGAAACAUGAGGAACAUUGCAAAUAAAGGACUUAUUAAGUUGCA